GAGCACGUCCUAGCAGCGAAUAGCCUACGCCGCCGCCGCGCCUCAAGACCUCAAAAACCGCCGCCCGUAGCCACCAUUAUGCCCGGCGUUCGUGACAUUAGCGCAGACGCGUUCAUCGCGGCCUAUGCCUCCCACCUCAAGCGCUCGGGCAAGCUCGAAGUCCCGACGUGGGUCGACAUCGUGAAGACCGGCUCAUUUAAGGAGCUCGCCCCCUACGACCCGGACUGGUACUACGUGCGCGCAGCUGCCGUCGCACGGCAUAUAUACUUGCGCAAGGACGUCGGCAUCGGCGCGUUGUCAAAAUUCCACGGCGGGCGCAACCGGAGAGGCAACCGCCCCUCGCACCACAAGGACGCGUCCGCGUCCGUGCAGCGCAAGAUCUGCCAGUCGCUGGAGAAGAUCGGCGUGCUCGAGCAGACGGACAACGGCGGCCGGCGGAUCUCCCAGGACGGCCAGCGUGACUUGGACCGUAUCGCGACCGCGGUAGUGGAGGCGCAGAAGGAGGAGGAGGAAGACGAGGAGGAGGAGGGUGGCGAGGAGGACGAGGAGUAAAGGUUGCGCCGCCCGCCGCCUAUGCUCUCUGUAUGACUUCACAUGUUCUUUAUAUGCAUCCAAGCGCUAUGCAUCCCACUGACAGGCUC